AUGGGUAUCACUCGCGACUCCCUCCACAAACGUUCAGCUACAGGUGCUAAGCGCGCCCAAUUCCGCAAGAAGCGUGUCCACGAACUCGGUCGUCAAGCCGCCAACACUCGUCUUGGCCAAAAGAGAGUUAGAACCGUUAGAGUUCGCGGUGGAAACUUGAAGUACAGAGCUCUUAGAUUAGACUCUGGUAACUUCGCUUGGGGUUCAGAACACUGCACCAGAAAGACUCGUUUGAUCGGUGUCGUCUACAACGCAUCAAACAACGAGUUGGUCAGAACUAACACCCUCGUAAAGGGCGCCGUCAUCCAAAUUGAUGCCCACCCAUUCCGUCAAUGGUACGAGGCUCACUACGGUCAACCUGUCACCAGAAAGGGCCGUAAGGAGGGUGAACAACAAACCGAGGAAGUCAAGAAGUCAAGAUCCGUCACCGCUAAGCAAGACGAGCGUAAGAAGACCGGUAAGAUCGACCCACUCCUCGAGUCCCAAUUCGCCGCUGGCCGUCUCUACGCUAUGAUCAACUCAAGACCAGGUCAAUCAGGUCGUUGUGACGGUGUUAUCCUCGAAGGCAAGGAACUCGAGUUCUACAUUCGUAAGCUCCGUGCUGGUAAGAAGGCCUAA